AUGUCGAACAGGGCUAAGCUUGCAGGCGCGCUUGGCGUGGCAGACCUCUUGGAAGCAGAUCUACGCAAGCCACUGCCACUCCUGUCGCCCAAACGGGACAACGCACAAUCACAAGCAUGCGCAGCUGGAUAUACAACUCCGUCGUCGCCAAUGAUGUCGACAGCAUUGGACACAAGUUCCGCGACGGAGUUGCAGUCCAAGUCUAUAGCUUCGCAGUGCGCGCAAAAAGUGGGCAAAGUGGUUGAUGUUGUUCAGGCGACAGGGCCAGCUGCCACCCCUUCCGGUGGCUAUGGCCCCAAAGCGGCUCAGCCGGAUCAUGCUUUUGACGAGGUCCAUGCAGCAACAGAAACGAUGCCUUCACAGAGCCCUCCGAGAUGCUCGGAGAAAACCGCACCGGAAAAGACUCACCAGGAGCUCAAGGGGAUCAAGGAGCCAACGCGUGCAGCAGGAUACCCCCGCAAGCCAAGUGGAGCAGGUUUGCCAAAAGCACCCGCACCCGGAGUUGCCAUCGUUUCGCCGCCCGCUGCCCCGGAAGCGGCCACGCCAAGUGCGCACUGCACCAUUUCGGAAGGAGGCGCAUCCGAGAUCAGGACCAAAGUGUUUCGGAUCGGUGCCCCAUUGCUUCGCAGCACCAUUCCCGUGACAGUCGGCGGGAGGAGAGAGAGCAAAGGGGUGAAUAUGGCCCAGCAUAAAGUCGACAAAGAAGAUGGCAGCGACGUGGAGACAAUUUUGUCACUCUCUGAGGGGGAGUGCGCAGAAGAAGCCCAGCUUUCGGUGACGUUGGAUUUCCCUUGCUGA